GCUGUUAAACUGCUGGGAAGAAAUAUUCCCUCAGUUCUGAGGAUGACUAAAGGAGUGGAGCUGAAGAUAAGCAGAAGGCUUUGCAUUAAACCCCAGGAAGAAAGUCCACUUCAGCCAAGAAGUCGAUCUCCUUUGAGGGUACCUGGACACAAGCCUACAGACUGGGAGAAAAGAUUUUUGUUGUGGGCAGGCCAUUUCAAAAAACCAGAGGAUAUACCAGAGACUCUCUCGAUUGAAACAAUCAGAGCAGCGAAGACCACACUGCGUGUGAAGUUCAGCUAUGUAAUGAUUGCCUUGACAAUAUUGGGAUGCCUAGUCAUGGUGAUUAAAGGGAAGCAGGCUGUAAAGAGGCAUGAAACUCUUGCAAGCGUAAACUUGGAGAAGAAAGCUCAAUGGAGAGAGGAAGCUACUCAGAGUACAUCUGCUAAACCUUAGAGGAGGAAAUGAAGACACCAAGGACUGGGGAAGAAAAGCUGAGUCCUUUUCAGC